AUGGUUCUAGCUCUCAACUACCGCCGUCCGGCGUACGUCGAUGUCGACUCUUCUCGCACAUCCAUCGAGACCGAGAAGAGUCGUGGCGAAUCCGUCAGCUCCUCCUCAUCCUGCCCAUAUGGCAUACCCGAGGCUCUCUCCUUCGAAAAGAUCAUCAGCGGUGGCACUUGUCCACCUGUGACGACUCGCGAGUUCAUGGAUUUCCUCGUAUAUAUCGAGCAUGAUCCGGAAAACCUGCAAUUCUAUCUAUGGUACAAUGACUUUGUCAAGCGCUUCUUCCAGCUGUCCGAGAAAGACCAGAUGUUGGCUCCAGAAUGGACUCCGGAGCAAGCUCAGGCCGAAAGGCAUGCUCUCGAGAAGGAGAAGCUGCCCAAAAAGAUGCCUGCCGAGGCUGCUGCAGUGCUCAAGGGUACCGAUUUCGACAAUGCUGCCAGACCUGCCGAGGGUGGCUACAACCCAUUCAACACUCCCCCAAGGACUCCCAACGAGGGAGAAUACGAUCCCAGCCUUGGCCCCUCCGUCAAUGGCACUUAUUCUGGCGGCGCUACCGGUUGGAGCGAGCAAGGGUCAACCUUGAAAUCUGGUAGGACUGAUCACACCAAGAAGACUGCCGACGCCUUCGAGACGGUCGACGCUCUGCAACCCUUCACCAUUCAGCCUUUUCGUGAGGAAAUCUCGCGCAUUAUUGCCCUCUACAUUGCCGAGGACGCUCACAGAAUGCUGAAUCUUUCCGCCAAGGAGCGCGCCAUCGUCCUCAAGGCUCUCUCGGUCACCACUCACCCCUCUGCGAUGCGCGACAUUAUCGCCACUGUUGAGUGGACCCUGCGUCAUCAGUCUCAUCCCAACUUCAUUCGCUGGACUAUCUGCAAUGGUAACCCUCCCAGACAAGCGUUUGCUCGUUUCCUGGGCGUGUUUGGCAUCGUUGGUGGUAUUGUAUACGCCAUCGUCAUCACUCUGAGUGGAGCCAACCGUGGCUGGCGUGCUCUGGCCUUCUUAGGUUUCUUCAUCGGCAUCUCGACUCUCUUUGCUGCUUGGAAAGGCAUGUGUGUCGUUCUUCACGGCAUGCACCAUCGUCAUCUUCGCCCAUGGGAAUUGUUCGCCGACCCUAAUGACGCCCAGUCAGAGAUCGAUCUCAAGAAGAACUCCUUUGACAGUUUUGGUACCAAGAACAGCUACGAGGACGAGCCAUGGAUCGCCAAGUACGACAAGCGCAAUAUAAUCCGCAAGAUUUUCGAUCGCGAAGUCUGGAUUCAGGAGCCCGCGCUUCGAUCCAUCCAAGAUACCAUCUUCAUCCAGGCUGUCAUCACCGCCUUUAUCAUCGGUGCCAUUGCCACAGCAGUCUUCUUGGCAGUUCCCAAGGGCAACUACUUCUAA